CAAUGUCCAAUCGACAUUUGACGUUUGUGUCAAAUGCCAAGCAAAUCGACAUCAAUCGAAUAAAUUCAAUUAUUUAUCAAUAAUACCAUUUAUAUUACAACAAAGCAAUAUUUUAUAUUAAAUAUUGUAAAAACAGGUACAUAUUUAUGUAUUCGUUUAACUAAUUGGAACACCGAAAUCAUUGUACAUUAUGAAGAUGAAUAAAAAAAGGGUCAAUAUGGAAGAAUAUUACAGCAGUUUACUAAACAUGCCUUUGCCAUUGUUCAGUAAAGAUUCAAAACGUAAACCCAAGUGUAGGGUAUGUCUGCAGGCUGGUGACAUGCCGAUAGCCAGUGUUAAAAAGCCUCGUGAAUUAGAAGAAGCCCUUAAUAUAUUUGGUGGCAUCUUGUUAGAGGAUGACGACGAGAAACCGAUGUAUCUAUGCUACGUUUGCUAUAAGUUUCUAAAGAGUGCGAUAUUAUUCAGGAAAGCUGCACAGAGGAGUAACGAAGCGUUGAAAGAACCAUCUUUCAAACAAUCCCCUGACCAUUUUCAAGAUUAUGACUAUUCUGGACCAUUGGAAGACACUAAAUCAAACGAUGAUUAUUCAAAUAACGAAUUCCAGUGUAAACUAGAGCCCAUACAAGUCGACAGAAAAGUUCAAUGUCCUAUAUGUAAGAAAAUUGUCAAUAAACCGUACUAUUAUAAAACACAUUUGAAAUUACACGAUCCAAAUUUACCAGAACCGUAUGUAUGCGAUAUAUGUGGGAAAUCUUUCAAAAUAAAGAAUGUUUACACUAACCAUAGGGUGAGACAUGAAACACGGUUUAUAUAUAAAUGUGAAUUAUGUCCGUACGUGGGUCGGUACAAAGAGAGGUUAUCAAGGCAUAUGAGAGUCCACAUAGGUGACUUAAAGUAUCUGUGCACUCAAUGCCCUGCUAGAUACAUUUCUAAAGGCAGCUUGAGUGAUCAUAUCAAACUGAAACAUACUGAGCCACAGUUCAAAUGUGAUUCAUGCAAUAAGGCAUUUCAUAGUAGUUUAAAUCUCCAAAGACAUAUCGAUGUUGCACAUUUGAGAAUAAAAAGACACGAAUGUAACAUAUGUGGUUCCGCAUUCGGUUACAGACACGAUUUGUUGAAACAUCAGAGGCAGGUGCAUAAACGAGCAGCCUUGAGACAUCGAUUCAAAACAGGUUCUAAAGCUAUGAGUAAUAAUAACAGUGAAUAAAUUAAUUUUAAUAAUUAGUUUAUACUGAAAAUUAUGUACUGUAAAAGCUCCGUAUUUACACUUCCUUUAUUCACGUUUUCACUAUUCGCGGAUUUAAAAAUUGCGUCCCAAUUCCUAUAUUUGCGGCUAAAUAUUUUGUUAUUUGCGCCUAAAUAUUUCGUUAUUCACGGAUCUGACUGAUGUAAAAUCUGCAAGUUUAAACUUUAACUUGCAAAUACCUAUUUGCCGAAAGUGCAAAUGAAUAGUUUAAGAAUGCCACUGCUUAAAAUCACUCUUUUAAAAAAUGUCAAGCCAGAAAAUUCAAAAUUCUUCAAACCAUUGUCUAAGACUGAAGAUAAUAAAGAUAAGUUAAUUUAAUUGCUUGAUAACUUCAAUUAAUUGCUUUUUCUUUAUAUAUUUGUUAAUUAUUUUGUUACCCAAGAAGGUAUCCAUUAUAAUCCUAUAUAAAAUACCAUUCCAUAUUCACUGUAUCUGUAUUUGCGAUACAUUUAGAGAACAUAUCCCCAGCUAAUAAGGAGCUUUUACUGUAUAGACUUGGCAAGUGAGUAAAUCAGUAAAUAGUAAGUAAAAAAAGGAUUAGUACGUGCAGGUACAAUAACAAAAGAGUUAGAAACAUGCUCUGUGAUUUCCCAGUAUGUUAAAGAUCAAAUAAUGAAAAGUUAUGUAUCUAUACUAAUAUUAUAAAGCUGAAGAGUUUGUUUGUUUGUUUGAUUGAACGCGCUAAUCUCAGGAACUACUGGUCUGAUUUGAAGAAUUCUUUCAGCGUUAGAUAGCCCAUUUAUCGAGGAAGGCUAUAGGCUAUAUAUUAUCCCCAUAUUCCUACGGGAACGGGAACCACGCGGCGUCAGCUAGUGUAACUAUGUAAUUGCAAAGGUGUCAACAUGUUUGUUAUAAUAUUUAUUUGUUGUACAUUGCUAACACUUGAAAAUAUUUUAUUGCGCACAGUUUAUGUGACUUGGAUGGUUUUUUGAUAGAAAACAAUCUGCUAUUAUUCUGAAGAUAACUACUAUUUGUUAUUUUAUAUAGACGUAAUAUACAUAAAUAGAAACUAAACUAGACAUCAAUUAUUAUUAUUUCUUACUUUAUUAUAACAAUGAUGUAAAUCAACAUAGUAUAAGUAUUGUUUGUAAGCUUGUAAUGAAAAAAAUGUAUGAGACACAUAUAAGUCUU